AUGGAUUUGUCAAGUGCUAAUAUACCACCUGGUCUAACGAUAAUUCCAACAAUCUCGUCUAAUAAUGGUAAUGGUUCCUCAAACAUUACAACCAAUAAUGGUACAAAAAAUGACAAUGGAAUCCAGACGACAACGACGACAGCAACAACAACCAGUGAAUCGCGUUAUCCUAAUAGGCGAGUUCUAAGACCACGAACUGAGCCAAGAUCCUAUGCAGAAAUAGAGUCGCCUGACAUCAAUUUGAAUGGCGAUAAAACUGAGAAGUCAACAAAUGGUGAUCUUGACUCAGACGAUGAAGAUGCGAUUAUGCCUGAGAUUGAAAUCAAAGAAUUAUCAGCGGCUGAAAUAUGGGAGCGUGAAAGAAAACUUAGGAAGAUUCGUGAAGAACUCAGGAAUGAAGAAACGAAGUUGGUGCUUUUGAAAAAAAUUAAACACUCGCAACAAGUGAUGAAGGAGAAUAAAACUCCAUCGAAUAUGGCUCAUGUUGCUCAAAACUUAUCACAAAAUUAUAAUAACCCAUUAGCUAUGUUGCCUCAGUCGCUCUCCAAAGGAAGUUUGACUGUUAUUCCAACUAAUCUUGCUGAUUAUAAAGGUGGUGCUUCGAUUUCAAGGCAAUCGUCAUUAAAUGAAAAUCAAGCGCAGUGCUUCCCACUGCCACGACAAUCACUACCAGGUGGUGCAACAUUAACUACAGGAACUUCAUCGCGUGCUCCUUUCAUCCAAGGCAAGACUGUUAUGGAAGGAAGGUCGUCGUCAAAUCUGUCGAUUACUCCAUCGGUUACUAUAACACCAACAUCCGGACCAGUCAUGAAUCUGAAAACUAAAAAUCAAUCUUCCGUUAAUUUAAACAAUUCUGUGUCCAUCACACCUACGGCAUCGAUUUCAAUCAGCCAAAAUACUUCAAUGAAUCAAUCUUCACGUGUUGAAGACACACAAACUCAAGCACAAAAACAAGCAGCAGCUAAACUUGCAUUACGGAAACAACUUGAAAAGACUCUGCUUCAGAUUCCACCACCCAAACCUCCACCUCCAGAGAUGCAUUUUAUUCCUAAUCCAAGCAACGGUGAAUUUGUGUAUUUGCUUGGCCUUGAACAUGUUGUAGACUAUUUGACCAAGGAUAAGAAGACAACACAACAGCCACAACAACCGUUUCGUUGUGCUCAAUGUAAGAUCGAUUUUACUCCUGUCUGGAAGAUGGAGAAAGACAAGCGAAGUGGAUCUGAAGCUACACCUCGCAUUAUUUGUGAGUCUUGCGUGACAACAAAUGUGAAGAAAGCGUUGAAGGCUGAACACACAAAUCGUUUGAAGACCGCAUUUGUUAAAGCUUUGCAACAAGAACAAGAAAUUGAACAACGAAUGGCUUCUCAAACUUCAUCAACAUCAUCUGGUGCAGCUGAUUUUUCGAUUCAUUCACCAGCUCAACAAUCUUCGUCAUCUUCUAAUGUUUCUAUUCAACAACAGCAACAACAUCAAGCUCCUGUCCCGAUUGCACUCUCACCAGCACCUGUGAGUAAGACACCCAGACUUGAGAACACUACACCAAGGCCAGCUCCCACCCCUCCAAAUCAAUCAACUCCACCACCUCAAAGCUCGUCAAGGGGCUCAUCAUCACGUCAUCAAUCAGUAAGUGCCGCUGCUGCUGCUGCUGCAGCUGCUGAUCCUAUGGCUAGCAUGACUUUUGCUGCUCAAUUAAAUGCUUUGGCUAGCUUAGGAAAUUUCGGAAACUUAGGAUCUUUGGGAAGUUUUGGAAAUUCGUCUCAAACAGCUGCGGCAAUGCAAGCUUUACAACAACAAUUCUUUAGAGGACUUCAAGGUAUGUCUUCAAGUAAUCAACAGGCGAAUCUUGCAGCUCAAAUGCAACUUGGUCCAUUACUUUAUUCAUAUCAAUUGGCAAUGGCACAAGCAGCAGCAGCACAACAAGCAUCAAGUAGCAAAGGAAAAGGCAAAAGUGGUAAAAGUACAUCAUCGAACAAUGCUUUAGACAUGCAAAGAGCGAUUGAAAUGCAAAGGCAGUACUUUGAAAUGUUGUCACAAGCACAACAAAUGCCUAAUCAACGUGGUCACAGCAACUGGAAGAAUAAUUAGGAGAAAAUAUUUCCUAAACUUUCUUGAUGAUUCACAUCCUUGAAUCUGAUAAUAUUUUUUAAAUUUAGUAUAUUUAAGAUAAACGUAGUUGGUAAGGAUGGACGUUCGACAUUUUUAAAAUUUAAAAUUGCAUGUGUAAACUUUUUUGUUUUUUCAAUGCUAACUUUUUACAUCUUAACAAUAACAAUUAAAAGAU